AUGAUUAUUGUCAAUAUUGUCAAUCUCUUGGGUUUUUGCUUUGAUCGAAAUAAAAGAGCUUUAGUGUACGAAUUUAUGCCCAACAAAUCGUUAGACAAGUUCGUCUCUAAUAAUUGUUUAGAUUUGGAAAAAGUGUACAAUAUUGCAGUUGAGGUUGCAAAAAGUUUGGAAUAUCUGCACACGUGGUGCAAUGCAAGAAUUGUCCAUUUCGACAUUAAGUCUAAGAACAUUCUUCUAGACGAAGAUUUUUGUCUUAAAAUAUCUGAUUUUGGGCUUGCAAAGUUAGGCAAGAAGAAGCCGAGUGUAAUAUCGAUGCUUGGAACAAGAGGCACAAUCGGGUAUACUGCUCCUGAUGUACUUUCGAGAAAUUUUGGAAGAGUUUCUCAUAAAUCCAAUGUCCAUAGUUAUGGAAUGAUGGUUCUUGAAAUGGCUGGAGCAAAACAAAUCGGUGGAACUGGCGAAGUACUACUAUCUAGUGAGGAUUAUUUUCCUGACAAAAUAUACGAGAAUAGACAGAAAACUCAGAUGAAGAUUGGGUAUUGA